CGCUACAAACCGGAAGGUUCGUCAUUCGUCCUUUACCAUUCAGCUCUGAACAUAACAAACGUUUAAGAAAUGAUUUCGUUGCCCAAAAAUACGAUUGUUCAAGCUGUAACCAAAGCUGUUCCUAGAGGUAACCUAGCGUCUGUUGGUUUACCAGCAAUUACAGCACAGCCUAAAAUAACUGUUGAACAGCCCCCCAAAAAGCUCACAAGUUAUACUCUUUCAAAAUGUUUGUCAUGGAAUCCCACCAGUGCGAGCGUUUCUAUGGGAGGCACCCAACAAGUUCGUUUGGCUCAUACAGAUGUGAAAGUCCCAGAUUUUUCUGCCUACAGACGAGAACAGGUUAAAAGAGCUGAUGUGAAAACUGAGGAUUCUGAUGCAACUCGCAAACUGACAUCUUAUUUGGUUGUUGGAGCUGGUGCAGUUACAUGUGUAUACAGUGCCAAGGCCAUUGUCCGUGGUAUUGUAUCUAACCUUAGUCCAGCAGCUGAUGUUGUAGCCAUGUCAAAGGUGGAGAUCAAACUUGGAGACAUACCAGAAGGACGUAAUGUCACAAUGAAAUGGAGAGGCAAACCCCUGUUUGUGAGACACAGAACUGAUGAAGAAAUUGAAAAGGAAGCAGCUGUUAAUAUUUCUGAGCUUCGAGAUCCCCAGGCUGAUUCAGAAAGGACAAAAAAUCCCAAGUUCCUUAUUCUUGUUGGUGUUUGCACACACUUAGGUUGUGUACCAAUUGCUGAUGCUGGGGACUAUGGAGGCUACUAUUGCCCAUGUCAUGGUUCUCACUAUGAUGGCUCUGGAAGAAUCAGGAAAGGCCCAGCUCCUUUAAAUUUAGAAGUUCCUUAUUAUGAGUUCUUAGAUGAUACCACUGUUGUUGUAGGUUGAUUGUUGUACAGAUUCAUUAGAUUGAGGUAUCUCAAGAUAAAUGUUCAAAAUCACCCAAAAACAGAUAUUGUAAUGUAAAAAUAGAAUAAACUACUUCAAAAAUUAAUAAUUUAAAAUUUGACAGCUGAUCGUGGCAUGUGUGUCAAGAUGCAAUGUACGGGGCAAAGUUAUACCUUGUUUAAGAACUCUUGACAUAAAGGUGUGGUAAACAUGAAGUUUAUUUAAUUGAAUACCUGUAUACAAAAUUUAAUGUGCUUGGAUUAAAUAAAUGAUACAUGAAUA